CUAGUAUGGUUCUUCUGACCGUUCUGCCUGCCUGUCUUUGAAUGUUGUAUAAAUAAAGACAAAAAACAGCAAUACACUACGCUUAUCUACUGCGCAGACUCACACACGGGAAGAGCCAGCAGGUCUCGCUUCCCACGAAGGAUUUUCAAGUCUCCUUAUAAAGCUCUUAGGAGCUCAUCACCACCAGUAAAGCUGUAUAAGCACCGGGUUGACGGGACUGAAGGAAGUGGCGCGUCGUACGGGGAGCUGCCUGCUGAAAUCGCCAUGAGUUACAAACCCAUUGCUCCUGCGCCAUCUGGCUCCAACCACACACCUCCAGGCUCCUCUGUGCCCUCUCCAUCCCUACCCUCGUCAUCCAACUUUAGACCAGCUUUUAGUGACUUUGGCCCACCCUCAAUGGGCUUUGUUCAGCCUGUCAAAGUGUCUCAGGGAUCCACCUACAGUGAGCUUCUGUCUGUCAUUGAGGAGAUGAGCCGUGAGAUCAGGCCUACAUACGCUGGGAGCAAGAGCGCUAUGGAGAGGCUAAAGAGAGGUAUAAUCCACGCCCGUGCACUGGUCAGGGAGUGUCUUGCAGAGACGGAGAGAAGCGCCCGCACAUAACCUUUUCGAAGCCUGUCCUCAUCAAGAUCCCCAUUGUCUGUUUUACAACCAUUCUUUUAUCCUCUCACCUUUUGCGCUUUCCUCAACAGCAUUUUAUAGGUGCAUUGUGUCCAUUUUGUCACCACCUGCAUUUCACCACACCACCUUUUGUUCAUCACAAACUUUUAUGUGAACUGUGGGGUGUAUGCAAAAUGCAGUUUUGUAUCUAUUUGAAAAACGAGUGUGGGGAAUUUCAACACGUUUAAGUUGAGCUGUGAGUAAAAACCUUAGUAAAAUGGAUGGGGAUUUAAUUUUUUUUUUUUUUUUUUUUUAAAUGACAUCAAUGUUCCAGCUGCACUGUGCUCAAGUUUCUAUUCUGAACACCACUCUGCAACUACUGAAUAUUUUUGUUAAUCUGAGCAUCUUGAAUAUACCCCAUUUCCAUCCACAUUGUUUUUAUCAUUUUGUAGUGUAAACACACAUUAGAUGUUUCUCAAUCCCAACAACACUGUACAUCAAGUCAAUUUGUUAGUAUGAAAAUUUUGUAAACCAGAUUUUUGCAGUUCUGUAUGUAUAUCUUAAUUAAAUAACAGAAAAAAAACA